CAUCUUUUGACUGAAAUUGAAACUCCAUUAUAAGAAGAAAAGGGAGCGACAUUGCUUCAAGCCAAAAAAACAAAGAACAAAAAAUGGAGGAAAAAUGGGUUCGAGCAAUUAUAUUGUUGGUUUUGGUAAGUGGAUGGUAUUGUUCUUGUUGUUGUGGGUGUUUGGAGGAAGAGAGAAUUGCCCUCUUAAACCUUAAACAUUCAAUCCCUCCCCCAACCGACUAUGUUCUAGCAUCUUGGGGUGGGCAUGGUGAUUGUUGUAAGUGGGUUGGGAUUGAAUGCAAUAUCACAACAAAGAGAGUGUUUCAGCUUUCUCUUAAUUUUACUAGGGGUUGGGAUGUUAAGGGUUGGUAUAUGAAUUCUUCUCUGUUUUCACCCUUGGAAGAGUUGAAGAGUCUUUUCUUGAGGGGCAAUAGCAUUUUUGGCUUCAUGAAGAAUGAAGGUCUAGAAAAGUUGUCAAGCUUAAGCAAUUUGGAGGUUCUUGAUUUGAGUUAUAAUCGAUUAAACAAUAGCAUCUUAUCAUCUUUGGCAAGUCUUUCAUCCUUAAAAGUGUUAAAUCUAGCAAACAAUCAUAUGAAAGGAAGUCUCCAUAUUUCAGGUGUUAAAAGACCACUGGGAUUAAGUAAUUUGGAAGUGCUUGAUUUGAGUGAUAAUUCUUUCAAUAACACAAUUUUAUCUUCCCUAAAAGGGAUUUCAUCUCUCAAGAGUCUCUAUUUGGGUUGGAACAAAUUAAAAGGAAUACUAAAUAUUAAAGAAUUAGUUGGUUUAAAUGAGUUGAAGGAGCUUGAUUUAAGCGGCAAUAAUGUUAGAAGUUUUGUGGUUCCCAAAGGUGUUAAAAGACCACUGGGCCUAAAUAAUUUAGAAGUGCUUCAUCUGUACGAUAAUUCUUUCAGUAACACAACUUUAUCUUCCUUAAGAGGGCUUCCAUCUCUCAAGAUUCUUGAUUUGAGUGAUAACAAAUUAGGAGGAGUGCUAAAUGUUGAAGAAUUAGUUGGUUUAAAUGAGUUGAAGGAGUUAGAUUUAAGCUACAAUAAUGUGGAAAGUUUUGUGGCUCCAAAAGGUAUUAAAAGAUCACUGGGCCUAAGUAAUUUGAAAGUGCUUCAUCUGCAAAGAAAUUCUUUUAGUAACAAAACUUUAUCUUCCCUAAGAGGGCUUUCAUCUCUCAAGAGUCUGGAUUUGAGUGGGAACAAAAUAAAAGGAAUACUAAAUAUUAAAGAAUUAGUUGCUCUAAACAAUUUGAAGGAGCUGGAUUUAAGCUAUAAUGAAGUGGAAAGUUUCGUGGCUCAUGAAGAUACAAGAAGUUCGAGUAUGCUGGAAGUCCUAUAUCUAAGUGGGAACAACAACACUUGUGGAAGUUGUCUAGUACAAUCAAUUAGGGCAUUCCCUUUAAUUAAGAUCCUUGAUCUUACUUUCAGUACAUCUAUAGAACCAGUGACUGCUAUAGGUAGUCACACUUUUAAGGAGUUGGAAGUAUUGCUUUUGGAUGAAUCUUCUCUUGACAAUAAUUUUCUCCAAAGCAUUGGAACACUAAGCUCUCUUAAAGUUUUGUCUAUGUCCUUCUGUGAGCUCAAUGGAACUCUACCCAAUCAAGGAUGGUGUAAACUGAAGAAUCUUGAAGAGUUAGAUUUAAGUGCAAAUAAUUUUCAAGGAAUGCUUCCCUCCUGUUUGGGAAAUUUGUCAUAUCUUUUGGUGAUGGAUAUAUCAUAUAACCAUUUCACAGGAAAUAUUGCUACUAGCCCUCUUACCAAUCUAACAUCACUUGAAUAUCUCUCGUUUUCAAGAAACAAAUUUCAAGUCCCAAUUUCCUUCGGAAUGUUUGCCAACCACUCCAAGCUUAAAGUCCUUCUUGGCGAUGACAACAAUUUAAUUCCAGAACCUCUCCUUCAUACUCCAACUCCAAGGUUCCAACUCAUAUUUUUGAGUUUGUCUUACCUUGCAUUAAAAGAACCUCCCUACUUCCUCCAGCACCAAAAUGUCCUUAGGUUUGUUGAUCUCUCCCACAACAACAUCACUGGAGGAUUCCCAUCUUGGUUGUUCAUGAACAAUACACAAUUAAAAGUGCUCAUGCUAGGAUAUAACUCCAUAUCAGGAUCUUUACAGUUGCCAUCACAACCUCAUUUCAACAUUUCAGUCUUAGAUAUAGCCAUGAAUGGUUUAGCGGGAAAAAUUCCUAUAAACAUGAGUUUAGUCUUUCCCCAUCUUACAGACUUAAUCAUGUCCAAAAAUUACUUUCAAGGUCAGAUUCCUACUUCUUUUGGUGAUAUGAAAUCAUUAAUAUAUUUAAGCUUGCCAAACAAUCAAUUCUCUGGGAGUAUCCCUGAUUCCUUUGGCCGUUUGAGCUUUUUAGUCCAUUUAGACUUGUCCAACAAUCAGCUCUCUGGAGGAAUACCAGAAUUGCUAGUCCUAGGUUGCCCCUUAGAAUUUCUCAUAUUGUCAGGCAAUAAUUUGCAGGGGCAAGUAUUUCCUCUUCUUUUCAACUCCACAAAUUUAGCUGUCUUACAACUCAACAGUAAUAACUUCACAGGAGAGAUAGCUGAGUUUUCAUCUAUCAACUCUUUUUCUCCUUUGGUAAUAGACAUGAGCAACAACCAUUUCUCAGGCAAGCUUCCAAGAUGGAUGGGAAAUAUCUCAUCGUUACGUGGGCUAUCUUUGUCCAAAAAUCUUUUUGAAGGUCCAUUUCCAGUAGAAUUUUGUGGCCUUGAUAGCCUUUAUUUUCUUGACCUCUCAAAUAACAACUUGUCUGGCUCUAUCCCUGAAUGCUUUAAUCCAUCUUUCAUAAACCAUGUUCAUCUAAGCAACAAUAGAUUUACUGGGUCAUUGACAAAAGCAUUCUACGGUAAUGGCACCUCUUAUUUGGAGACACUGGACCUUACAAGGAACAAUCUAACUGGUACAAUUCUUGGUUGCAUUGGCAACCUACCUUCAUUGCGCAUUAUUUUGUUGAAAGCUAACCAUUUUGAAGGUGAAAUUCCUUUCCAGCUAUGUCAUUUGAAUGGAUUAAAAAUAAUGGAUCUUUCUCAAAAUAAUCUUGCUGGUCCUAUACCUUUCUGUCUAAGAAAUUUAACAUUUGAAUUUGAGGCAUCAAUUUCUCAAUUUCAAACUCAAUUUGGGAUAGCGGAUCAAUAUGAUGGCUCAAUGAUAUAUUCAUUGUCAAACGUAUGGGGGAAAAAGCUGCUAAAGAAUUACUAUGGCUACGUGCCACAAAGAAAUGUGUUAAUUGAAGUGGGGGAUUGGGUAGAGUUUACAACAAAGAGCAUGUCAUAUGUUUACAAUGGAAGCAUCCUUCGUUACAUGUCAGGUAUUGAUUUAUCUUGCAACCAGCUCACGGGAAGGAUCCCACCUGAAAUUGGAUACUUGAAUGAGAUCCAUGCACUAAACUUGUCACACAACAAGCUAAAUGGACCAAUUCCCUCUACAUUUUUAAACCUUAAGCAAAUUGAAAGUUUGGACCUCUCCUACAACAAUUUGGAUGGGAGAAUCCCCCCUCAGUUGACUGAGCUAAACAACCUAGCUGUGUUUUUUGUUUCACACAACAACUUAUCAGGACCAAUCCCUGAUCAAAAAGCUCAGUUUGGGACCUUUGGUGAAAGUAGCUAUGAAGGAAAUCCUUUCCUUUGUGGAGCUCCACUGCAGAUCAACUGCACCAAAAUUGAAUCACCAUCAGUGGCCAAUGUCUCCAAUUAUGACAGGGAAAACAAUGGUUUUAUUGACAUGACUGUUUUCUACUGGAGCUUUGUGGUGGCUUAUGUUGCAAUCUUGAUGGCAAUCACAGCAGUUCUACAGAUAAAUCCUUAUUGGCGACGGAAAUGGUUUUAUUUCAUUGAAGUUUGCAUCACUUCUUGUUACUACUUUGUUCUGGACAACUUUUGUGAUGAGAACACGAGAAACUUCGCUCACAUUUGUGGUCUAAAUGCAGCAAAGAUACCAAGAGGAACCAUCUCUUUAGACUACAUAUGUCAAAACUGGUCAGCUGGACACACCAAAAUUUGUUACUUCCUCGAUGUGCCCUCCGCCCAGUGUGGCCUGUUAGGACAUAUCUUAGGAACUUAAAAAAAGUUGAGCCAUUCAUUCUCCUUAUAAUGUGACAUCUCAAAAUGGACGGAAUCGCCAUGUAUAUAAAUGAGAUGAGAUAGAUUAUCAAAAUUUAUGUAAAAAUUGACUAAAUUUAAAGGAUUAGU